GUCUCGAGUCGCUGCAAUCUGUUGCGCGGCCGCCCGCGGGAGCCGGCAGAUCCGGGUCUCGUGGCUUAGAGUGACGUGGUCAAUCGAAUCAAAACAGAGGAGGGGAGGAAACCAGCGGCAAGGAGCAGCAGCGGCCGCGGCGUCCCGAGCAGCCGCAGCGUUCCGGAAGCUUCAGGCGGUCUUUCUGCCGAGCCUUGGUCCCGGCCCCCAUCCUCCCCGCCCCGUCGGUUGUUGUCUGGGCGGAUUUAAACAGUUGAGUUAAAUCAAGCUGGGCAGUCAUGGCAGAAGGUGGAUUCGAUCCCUGUGAAUGUGUUUGCUCUCAUGAACAUGCAAUGAGAAGGCUGAUCAAUCUGUUGAGGCAGUCCCAGUCCUACUGCACAGACACAGAAUGUCUUCAGGAAUUACCAGGGCCCUCUGGUGAUAAUGGCAUCAGUAUUACCAUGAUCUUGAUGGCCUGGAUGGUUAUUGCAGUGAUCUUGUUUCUACUGAGACCUCCUAAUCUAAGAGGAUCCAACCUAACUGGCAAGCCAACCAGUCCUCAUAAUGGACAAGAUCCACCAGCCCCUCCUGUGGACUAACUUUGUGAUAUGGGAAGUGAAAAUAGUUAACACCUUGCACGACCAAAUGAACGAAGAUGACCAGAGUACUCUUAACCCCAUUAGACUGUUUUUCCUUUUGCAUCUGCAAUAUGGGAUGGUAUUGUUUUCAUGAGCUUCUAGAAAUUUCACUUGAAAGCUUAUUUUUGCUUCCUGUGUUAUCACCAUUCCUUUUUACAGUAUAUUUGAGUAAGUGAUUAUAUUAAAAAAGUUACAUGGGCUUUUUUGGUUAUCCUAAACUUAAACAUUCCACUCAUUCUGUUUGUAACUGUGGUCAUAAUUUUUUGUGAUGAUUUCUGGCCUGAUUGAAGGAAAUUUGAGAUCCUGCCUUUAAAUAUUUUAAAUAGUUUUGAUAGGUUUUAAAAUUACUUUUUUUUUUCAUAAGGUAUUUAUAAAGUUACUUGGGGUUGUCUGAGAUUGUAUGAAAAAAAAUUAGAACCACACUGUAUUUGCAUUUACCUUAAUAGUUUAUUUGUGGGUGGCAAUUUUUUCUAGUUCUUGGGACUGUGGCAGCCUUUGGAAUAUUUUACAAAUCUGUGUCAUCCACUAUAACUGGCUUGUGUGGCUAGAAAAAGAGGGGAGAAGAAAUGAAAUAGUUGUUUACUAAGUUUUUUAUUCCCACAAAAAUGUCUAAUAUUAGGAGAACUUUAAACAUGAUUUAAAUAUAGUGGGUGAUUUACAGUCCAUUAUAGCCUUAUAAGGUUCAUGAAAGGAGGAAAAAGUUAAUGCUUCCUGCCUUUGCCAGGUAUAUUUUAUACAGUAAUAAUUUAAGCUAUAAUUUAUUUGUUAAAUGGGUGCCUCUCAGGAACCUUUUCUGUUCUAACACUUCCCUGCUAAAUGGAACUAUCUUAAAUCUAUAUUGGGGGCCUAUUUGGUUACUGACAUUUGAAUUCUGUUUACUUAUUUAGUCUAUUUUUUUCUGUGAAGAAAAAAUUGAGUCUUUUGUUAUCCUUCUGACUUCAGAAAAUAUUUGAUGGUUUACUCCAAGGGAAAAGGAGGAAAAUGAAAAAGCAAUCAAGGAUCUUUUUCUCACCCCUUAUCUCAUUCUUGUUUAGUAAUAAGAUGGAUUGGGGCGGGGAGGAGCAUUAAUAAAAGUAAAAUUUUGAAAUGUAUAAAAAGUAAAAGUUUGCAUUGUUUUGCUCAGUUUGAAAGAAAAUGAAUACAAAUGGGAUAAAGACAAGUCUGCAUCACCUAUGUGGUUAUGGAAUUUUUUUCUUAGCAAGUGAUUACAGGUGGUUUAUGGGGGCUAGAAGAUAUUUUGCUAUCAGUGUAAGGAUUUCCCCCCCAGAUCAGUCUAGCUUUUCACUGUAUCGAUCUGAGAAAUUACUUGUAUGAAUUAAUAAACUUCUCUAUAUCAUUGUACUGUUAAUAGAGUCUCUGAUACAAUUGUGUGAUGCUCCUAGGGUAUUCUUUUCCCCUUUAUUAUUAUAUACAUUUUAGGCCAUAAACUUUUUAAGGGCAUCAUUUCAUUAUGUAAUCCAAUAUUGACUGCUUGCAUUCCUUCUGUGCAUCUUAGCUUUGUACUCAACUUCUUGACAUAGUAUCACCUACUCUUAAUUACUUGUGGGGUAAUUGAGGGGUAUCAUAACACAGGUAAGUCAAAUCUUGGAUAAGUGAGCACCAUAGAUUUAAGGUUCUUCCUCUUGCUGUGGCCUCCUGGAAGCCUUCCCAGCUUUAUAGCUGUUAGAGUAUUCAAUGCAGAAAGGGUAGGGAUGGCCUGAGAUGGAGUUAAAUCUCUAUAAGCAUUCCCUUUUCUGCUCUUGGUCCCUGGACUUCGAAGGCUUGCACAUACAUCCUACCAGUCUGUUCUCUAAGCUGCUAGAAAGCCAACCUCUGGCAGAGAUACUGAUGCAUUCACUGAAUCUAUGGCUCACAAGUAAUUGAGAAUUGGCUUUGGUUGAAGCCAGUUGGCCUUGACAUGGAAACAGAAUGUCUAGUGUUAGAGACUUAAAAUCUAGGUUCUUAUUCCUGGUUCUUCCUUUCUGUCACAUACACUUAAUUGACAGUACAUCUAGUAUAUUAACCUUUUCUAUAUGGACCAUCUAUUUAAUUAGCAACAAAAGUUCCUAGAGAAGUAUUUAGUUUUGGUUUUUUUGCUUGUAAAAUUUCUCUACAUUCCUGAGAAAGAC